AUGGGCAGCCCUUCUGACGAAGACGAUUCCGACUUGGAUGAGUUAGUCUCUCUCAGACCGACUCCAAAAAGAAAGCGGCUACUUCUUCCGGAAAAGGUGAAUGAGAGCUCUAGUUUGUCAUUCAAACUCCAAAAACGUUGCCGAGACGGACAAGUCUCCGCCAGAUCCGAAGACAAGAAAAACAGAAUUUGUGAAAUUGUAAAACAAAUGGGAAAGGCUGAGAACAAUUGCGCUACUGAUAUCGCGAUCAAUGCCACACAGUCAGACCAGCUGAAAGAUUUCCAGUCUCGUCUAAAGAGCAACAUCGAUUUUUUCCUCGAAAAAUUCAAUUCGACGCAUAACUUCCGCGAGAGGCAUGAAAAGAAGGGAUUCGAAAAACAAAUUCUACCAAAUAAAGCCGAAUUUGAAACUUUCUUUCGCUUGGCAAUUGGAGGUGAAGCGCCAGGAAAACUUGCAAUGCAAAUGCGAUUUUGUGCUGUUCAGUGUGAUACAAUUCGUCGAUCGGCAGCUUCUGCAGUUUUCUUCCUAGCAUUUCUCAAAAAACGAGAAUUGGAAAACACAGAUGUUGUCACACCAGUCGCUGAUAGUGAAGGGUUUAUAACAAAACAAAUUGAGGAAUUGAGUGCAAAGCCUAUCCACAUGAAAGCCGAAAUCAUUGUCUCGUUUUACCAAUGGUACGAGCUUCUUGAGCCAGCAAGGGCUUCUCCAUUAAAGCUCUUAUCUUGUAAUUAUGUGGAAGCUCGAGCACGUCGGAAGGAAAAUACAACUAUGAUUACGGUUAUUCGCGGAUUGCUUCAUUUUCUCUCUUCAGUGAACGUUAUAGAAAUGAGUUCAUUCAAAUCACCAACUGCAGAAUCCAAACUGAUUUGGCAUAGUGUUAGACAAGCCUCUCGUCUGGGAACUCGAGUCAAAGGUGGAACAAUCAAUCAAAAAAUUUGUUCUCUAAGUAGUGAGUAG